UUCCAGCAGAAAACUUCCUUUUGCAUUCUUCGAUCCCAAGCUUUUACCGAUCAACACAACGAAUCAUAACGCGAUAUUUGUGGUUUCAAAGUAUAAUCAGAAGCUUGAAAAAUGGCGACAGUUAAAGCAGUGAUGGGGAAUUUGACGGUGGCAGAACGACAAGUACUGACGGCAGUGAACAGCGGAGCAUCAAGUCUAUCAUUGGUCGGUUCCGGAUUCAUAGUGCUCUGUUAUUUGCUAUUCAAAGAGCUCCGCAAGUUCUCCUUCAAGCUUGUCUUCUACCUCGCUUUAUCCGACAUGUGCUGCAGUUUCUUCAGCAUAAUUGGGGAUCCUUCCAAGGGGUUCUUCUGUUAUGCUCAAGGCUAUACAACACAUUUCUUCUGCCUAGCCUCUUUCUUGUGGACUACAACAAUUGCCUUUACUCUUCACCGAACAGUUGUUAGGCAUAAGACAGAUGUUGAAGAUUUGGAGCCUAUGUUUCAUUUAUUCGUUUGGGGAACUUCAGGAGUAAUGACAGUUAUACGAUCAAUUGCCAAUAAUCAUGAGCAUAUAAGUCGGUUAGGCACUUGGUGUUGGGCACAAACAGGACAUGCAGGAAAGGUUACCCACUUCAUCACAUUUUAUGCACCUCUUUGGGGUGCCAUUCUUUUUAAUGGUGUCACCUAUUUUCAAGUAAUACGGAUGCUAAACAACGCAACUCGUAUGGCAGUGGGCAUGUCAGAGAGGUCAUACCAACCAGAUCCUCGGUCAGAUAAGAAGGCACUAAAUCGUUGGGGUUACUAUCCCCUCAUUCUUAUAGGAUCAUGGUUUUUCGGCACAAUCAACCGUAUACAUGAUUUUAUUGAACCAGGUCAUAAGAUAUUUUGGCUUUCUGUUCUUGACGUUGUAAUGGCUCAGCUCAUGGGUCUCUUUAACUCAAUAGCAUAUGGUCUUAACAGCUCAGUCCGUAGAGCAAUUUAUGAGAGAUUGGAUCUAUUACCAGAAUGUUUUCAAAGAUGGAUUCCAAAGAGCUCGAGGUCAAGAGGCCAACAGCAGGAUAGUGAAUUAGUCUCACUAAAGAUUCAAGAUCAGCAAUAAGCAAUUAGUAGAAUUUUGUGCUUGUACAUUCAUCCCAGUGCUUCUGCCACCACUUCCCUCAUUGGACCAGCUUGACAAUUGACAAUUGCAUUGUGACAGCUCCAUUGCUCGAACCCAGGUUUUAGGCUCAGAACCUUCCACCAAAUCUGCUUGCUCCAUUUGCUUAAUGCUUGGUCGCUUCUCCCUGAUUUCUGAGUCUACAUUAGUGCCAAAGUUGUUUUGUUGAUAAGUUGGGGAGUAUGUAUCAUUCUUUUAACCUUAAUGCUGUCUUCUGAUUGUUGCAUCAGUAAUAUACUCCAGGAAAUUGACCCAAGCGAUUUCAGUAUGAUCAGCAGAAGACACAUGACAUAUGAUUUGCGUAUGAAGCCUUCAAUUUUAGACAAGGCUGAAUAUUUGUUUCUGAUGUACCCUGAAAGAAAAAGAACUAGUGCUUUGUUAUUUACUGCCAAUGCUUGUUUUGAAAUUACUAAUUUCAUUUAUGAAUCUCUUGAUGAUGUGAACGAUGUAGGUCGUGGUUGAGGAAUAUUAGCAACUUGCCUGA